GCUGGACACAACAAUUACAUACAAUACAACACUACAGCCCUGCAACACUAUAUGUUUGUGACAUGUUACACCUCGCAAUGUAACACAAAUUAAAUUCAAUAUCAGCACACAUUUUCAGUCUCUUACUGCAGCCACUUCACUCAAACAACUGAAUAUUGGAUUAUUGCACCAGAUUGUACAGGUGUUCAUGAUAUUGUUGGGAGCUGGGAAAUGCCUGACAUGAAUAAAAAUAUAUGGUGUUUAUAGAGGGAAAACUAUUUUGACAACUUUAUAGGCUGCUCUGCUCGGUUUACACCCAAAACGCCCUUUACAGAAUCCAAUUCUUCAAUGUGUUGCUAUAUCGCAUCCAUAUUGCGGGGCUCCUGCAAUAGGCACCAGCCUAUCGAUGCAUCUCCUGAUCCAUACACACUUUGACACUGAUGGAUUGCUGACCUGGAUUGACGUCAGCGAGCAGCAGUAAGUUUCAUACACAAGUUUGUAAGGCGUGAAACAUUAUGUGAGAGUCGUAUGGGAGAGAGUUUGAUUUUCAUGGCCUGAAUCCGGAGGAGCAAAGAUGCGAAAGGGGGUCAAAGCCUGGAGGCUAUGAUGAAAUUACACUGGACAGAUUUAUUCAGUAACAUUUUGCUGAAGGAAAACAAAAAUAUCAUUUGUAAGGAAAAGUUGUGAAUGAAAGCUUACAGUUUAUUUUCCAGAUUUCAAAAAGAGAAGCUUAAAUAAACUGAUUGUGCGAUUACACGUAUUCUCAUGGAACUACAAAUGCAAUGAGUCUAUCAGCAUCAAUAAAUGAUGCAUAUUUCAAUUUAUGAAAAAAGACUGAAAACCUAUCAAAAAAAAUGCCGGAUGUUGUAAGCUUCAUCUGCAAGAUAAGUUGUGGUUUUCUCAGCACACUCGUGGCCUGAUGUGACACAUUAAUAUUUAACCUUCAAGAGAGGCAUCACAUGUGUUGGCGCCGUGUCAAACGCUUUUUAUCAGAGAAAACAAGGAGCGGGUCCUGCUUAUCCGCCUCAGUGUAAACGUUGCACACACUGCUCAGGAUUGCAGCGGCGCUCAUGAUAGGCCGCCUGUUGUUUUAUCUUCAUAAGUGUCUAAUGCAAUCUUUUUCAGGAAUUUGAGGUUCACAGUUUGCAACAUAAAGCGCAACCCAUGACAUGGGGGGCCAGUGACGUCAGAUUGGCCCCAGACAAGAGUAUACGCGAGUGCGAGGAUACGCAACGGGGGCGCGCACGUGCGCACAGGCUCGGUCUCAUCUUGACAUGAGCGCGGGCACGUCAAUAUACACACAGAGAGCAGAGCAGCGCUUUGGGUAUAGUAGAAGGUGCUCUACAGCGGAAGAAAUCCAGGCAGGCGCAGACACCUUCACACACUGAGCAGAGGUUUGCGGCACAGUUGUGUGGCGGCCGGGACCCGAUCUUUUAAAACCAUGCUGGAUUGACUGCAGAGAGGCAACUACAAUCAAUGGCUUGGCUUUGAAAUCGUUCAAAAUUUAUUGGAAAGGAGUGUGAGACAGAGCGACAGUGAGAGAGGGAGAGAGAGGGGGAGAGAAGCGAGGGAGAGAGCGAGAGAGUGGCGAGAGGGGUGGAAAUAAAGAUCCUUUUGCAACGAUGGAGCUUACAAUGGAAAACAUUGGAAAUCUGCACGGUGUAUCUCACUCCCAUCAAACGAGCGACUUAAUGAACUCCCCACACGCGCGCCAGUCGUCGGCGUCGCAUCGGAACUUGGUGUCGCACGGACGGUCAGCCAUGGUGUCCAGCAUGGCCUCGAUACUGGAGGGAGCAGGGGACUACCGCACAGACCACGCUUUGUCUGGCCCCUUGCAUCCGGCAAUGACCAUGUCGUGCGACUCCGGGAUGAGCCUGAGCAGCACCUACACCACGCUGACGCCGCUGCAGCACCUGCCCCCCAUAUCCACCGUUUCGGAGAAAUUUCACCAUCCACACCCGCAUGCUCACCAUCAUCCGGCGCACCAGCGACUUGCGGCCGGGAACGUCAGCGGCAGCUUCACCCUGAUGAGGGACGACCGAAGCCUCGCAUCCAUGAGUAACCUCUAUGGCCACUACCCCAAAGACAUGUCCGGCAUGGGGCAGCCUCUGUCCCCUCUGUCCAACGGUCUGGGGUCUUUGCACAGCUCCCAGCAGACUCUCAGCGCCUACGGUCCUGGAGCUCACCUCUCCAACGACAAGAUGCUCUCCUCGGGGGGCUUCGAGUCCCACGCAGCCAUGCUGUCCCGGGGCGAGGAGCACCUGGCCCGGGGUCUAGGGGGCCACGGGGCCGGGCUCAUGACAUCCUUGAACGGCAUACACCAUCACAGCCAUCCGCACUCUCAGGCAAACGGGUCCAUGCUAUCAGACCGGGACAGGCAGACGGUGGUGGGAGGCGGGCAGGGAGCUGGGUCAGGGCAGGUGGAGGAGAUAAACACCAAGGAGGUGGCACAGCGAAUAACAGCAGAGCUCAAGCGCUACAGCAUCCCCCAGGCCAUCUUUGCUCAGAGGAUCUUGUGCCGGUCCCAGGGAACUCUGUCUGACCUGCUGAGGAAUCCUAAACCGUGGAGUAAACUCAAGUCUGGCCGGGAGACGUUCAGGAGGAUGUGGAAGUGGCUCCAGGAGCCCGAGUUCCAGCGGAUGUCGGCGCUCAGGCUUGCAGCCUGCAAGCGCAAAGAACAGGAACAACACAAGGACCGCAACACGGCACCCAAGAAACAGCGUCUGGUCUUCACUGACCUGCAGCGCCGCACACUCAUCGCCAUCUUCAAGGAGAACAAGCGUCCAUCAAAGGAAAUGCAGAUCACCAUCUCCCAGCAGCUCGGCCUGGAGCUCAGCACCGUCAGCAACUUCUUCAUGAACGCGCGCCGCCGCUGUGUGGACCGCUGGCAUGAUGACCAUGGUACCAGCCCCGGGCAACCGGGCACAUCCGCCACCACCUUCUCUAAGGCCUGAGAGGAGGAGAGGGCCUUCAGAGGGCUGGGGACCCAGGUUGGAACAACAGGCAUGGGUAAUUGGUGGUGAAACCUGUCUACAACAACCCUGGCCUGGACCGUCUGAAUGUGUCCUCUGCCCGAAAAUCCUUUGUGCCAUGCAAUCAUCUUUUUUGUCAGUCAAAAUAUUUCAAGCUCUCACCUGAAACAAGCAUAAUCUAAAGGUGAAUAGUGAAGUCAGGUCCACUCUGCAUUACUCAACAUAAGGACAAUCAUUGAUUCUGUCUUUUUUGAAAGAAAAUCAUUUUUAUGGCAUCUUUGUUCCAGACAAAGUAAAGAGACACCAAAGAUUUGACGUUUUUGUUGGACGGUAUCAGACAUAACACUGGCCUCCUUCACCACCCAAGUAGCCACUGACUCUGCUUUUUCUCCCAACUCACCUCUUUGUGUCUGCCUCUUUACUCUCUUUCACAUCCCCUCUACGCCGGCACACGGAAGCAACAAGGGGAAAAAGAACGGCAAUAAAUCUGACAGAACAGCACAUAGCCUUAUUAUCCGAGCCCCAUUCUGCACACACAAGGCCGUCAUAAAGAAAACAACGCAGCCUAUGAAAAAAACAACAAGGCUUUCCAAUUCUCCGCCUCUACCUCCCCCCUCCUCCUGUAGUCUCCUUCAUUCCUCGGCCAAAGGUAUUCCCUGAUGGCCGGCCAUUUCAGAGAGCAGCUCAGCCUGAUCAUACGGAAAACUAAUGAAUUGAAAAAUGAAUCGAUGCAGACAGAGAGAGCAGGGCCUUGACCCCUCCUGAAGGUGAAACUCAAGACGCUCAGCAGUAGAUUCUCAGGUCUUCCAGGCCCAGGUCUAUAUUUUUUGCACAGAUGUUGGAGGCCUGUAGGGAGACAUGUCAUUGUUACUCUUAGUCUGAGCCUCAAGUCUGUGUUUCUCUGACCAACAGGAGAGGUGGGUGAGAUGUCUGGACAUGCUCUUUGUUCUGCUGGGAGCUUUUCCUCUGAUCAAUAACUGAGAACCAAGCGACAACAACACGCACGGGCAACCAGCCAACUACAUUACAGCUGCAUAAGAAAAGCAGAAUGUAAGAGGAGCACAUGGAACCCAGUGGAGAUGGGGACACAAAGGCCUCAUAACAGCAGCAGCAGCAGCAGCA